UCACAUGACGGAAAAUACAGUUCAGUGUCUGUUGGGCGCAUGAAAGUUUGGUGCUCCAAGCACACAACAACAUAACAUAAUAUAAUAUAGUUUAGGUCUGUGACACUGUAAAUAAUGGGGUUUGUAGUCUUGUAGCGAAAACGGAUUCCUUCGGCCUGAAUCUACAAAAGGACGUAACGGUUAAAUUGGUUAAAUGUGGGACCCGCCUGUGGAACAAAGUCACUGCAGUCUAACCCUUCAACAUGGAUUACUCAUCUCGGGACGUUCAGUUGAGGAUCAUCAGUUUGGGCUUUAUCUUUUACACAGUUGUAUUCCUCCUGUCCCACUUCAUAUCUAAACUGCUGUUUGUUACCUAUCGCUCCCUGUCUGUCAAAGAAAAGGUCUUCUGGGAUCUAACUGCGACUCGGGCGUUGUUCGGCAUCCAGAGCAUAGUAGCAGGGGUUCGGGCACUCUUGGAGGACUCCGCUGUGAAUUCUGAUAAGGUCCUUGGGCAGGAAAACUGGUCCUGGCUUAACGUGCUGACCGCUACUGGCUUCUUCCUGUUUGAAAACGUGGCCCUUCACUCAUCCAAUGUGGUGUUCUGGUCUUUCGAUGUGCCGUUAGCUGUGCACCACUUCUUUGCCCUGGCAGGGUUCGCUGGGGCAGUUGUGUGGAGCUGGCUGGGCCAUUUUCUUCCUAUGGUGACCCUGCUAAUGGAGAUGAGCACACCAUUUACUUGCGUCUCUUGGAUGCUGCUUAAGGCGGGCUGGUCCAAGACUCUUUUCUGGAAAGCUAACCAGUGGAUGAUGAUCCACAUGUUUCAUUGCCGGAUGGUUCUUUCCUACUUUAUGUGGUGGGUGAGCUGGAAUCACUGGGAAGAGAUGAAUACCCACAUCCCAUUUGUUCAGAGACUGUUGUUCUUUACGGGUCUUGCUAUGCUCACUUUCUUUCUCAACCCAAUCUGGACACAUAAGAAAACCUUACAGCUUCUUAAUCCAGUGGACUGGAACUUUGUGAACAAACCUCCACAAGAGAACGGACCUGUCAUAGAUGACGCGGGACGCAAGCCCCAUGCCAGCUAAUUAAUGGAAGGAGUACACCAUGAAAACUGAAUGAGGGUCUUAAGUGCAAAGUGUCAAAGGAUCAUUUUUAACAGUGAGCACUGUUUGAAGGGUUUACGAAUUUAGUUUUAAUACUUCGUAUUUCCAUUUGACUAAAUUGUGAGAACACAUAAAGAGUAUUUAGUUUGCCUUUGUAUUCAAAGUGACUAUAAAUCUGUAGUCAGUUGUGGUUUCAGGCUCUGACUGGUACAUGUUGCGAGGGCGCCUUGUUUAACCUUUACUGCGUGUGACGUUGAGAAAUGAGGUUGUAAACAUCAUGAUUUCCGUUUCAACUUCUUUUUUGAGUUGGAUAUCAUUUGAUUUAUUUUCCGGUAGUGGUUUAAAGCACUCACUUUUAUCCAUUCACAGUCCAUGCAGCACAACGUAUCUCAGACUGUGAGAUUCUUGUGUUUGUCUCCAUUUCAUCGCAGGUUUAGAUCUCACCUGAGUAGGUUCACAUUCAGUGUCAUGUGAUAAGUAAAUUUGUGACUACAUUGUGACCCAACACAAUCGCAAUGCUCAGUCAAAAUUGAUCUCUUACUUCACAAACAAAUUUCUGCUUUGGCAACGUCCGCUUCACGCAAUCAUAGCUUUAUUUUAGUUUUCUUUUACGAAAGAGUGUUGAUUAUUUUCAAGAGUGUUUAGUGAUAAUUUCCGAAGGCUGUGUGAUGUAUUCUGUGUUUUUGUUUCCCUUGCUGAGGUCUGCUUAUGUUUGACUAGGCUCUUUGUGUUCCGCAUAGGCAGGAAUUGUUCUGACUCAAAGUGAAUUAUCUGAGUAGAAUGGAAUGUGUGUAUGUGUUCUAGUAUGACUGAAGGGACCAAGAGACGUUGUUUUACAAUGUUACAUUUGAGGGCUAGAUAUCGAUUUAGUUAUUGUCUUCCUCAGUUUAUAUAUUUCUGAACAGUGUUAUGCUUAAUACUUUGCAGUAUUUUGUUUUAUAUUUUAUAAAAUUGCAGCAGCAACUUCAAAUGUAAUUGACAUAAAUCUAUAGAAGCUAAUACAACAAAAAAUUGACAUACCUUAGUGAUACUAGUGAUCAUGAAUGAAGGGAAAAACUGUAUUUGUGCACCAUUGCUAAGCUUUCUCUGAGUAACAGACCAGGGUAAUGCGAGGAUACAUGAUGUGAAGGUGUGGUAUUAUCUGCUCUAGGAAAGAAGGAUUGUUAAUCAUUGACUCUGCAUUGCCAUUUAUUUUUUCAUGUAUUCGAUACUGGAAAUGGAGUUUGAUAACUCUGCAGCGGUCAUCUUAAAUGAUUGAUGAAACUUCACGUGUAGGUUAUAGUGGAAAAAAACAUCCGAGUAUUCUACAUGUAAAGAAAUACAUGAGCUGCCUCAAAUAAAACUAUACAGGUUUAUCCAGUGUAAUACAAUGUUUGUAUCAAAUUUAUUUUUAUUUUAUUUAAAACAGAUUUUUUAAAAUGUUGUAAUCAAUUUAAUUUAUUCCUGAACUCAUUAUUACUGUUAAAACCUGCUCAAGUGUUGAACUACCAUCCGCUGCUAAACUUGCUUAAGUUUUCCUGUAUGCUUUCACUCUUGCUGUGGCAUUCAAGGUUAAAAUGAUUAUUUCAGCUUUUCUCAGCUUGUCUUUCACAGUAAUGGAGACAAAACUGCUGAUGUGUAUGAAAUUAAAAGUUGUUGCAGAAACGUCUAGCAGGUUAACCAAAUGAAUUCAAACCAUUGUGAAGUACUUGUGCUCUCUGAACAGGAAUGACAUUUGUUCAAAGAAUGCAUAUUUCAUCAGUUUUUUUUUAACAGGUAUUUAUUAAUCGUAUGUGCUCCCUUGAAACAAUUCUGUAAUGUAUAUCCAAAGCUUUCCUGUUACAUUUUAUUAAGUUUGACGUCUGGGCUAAUAUUAUUAGGAUGUAAGAACAAACUAGCUUGCAUUGUCACAAUUUACUCCAGUCUGUCAACUGGUAAUCUACAACACAUUAAAUUGAAGAUAAAAUAAUAAAAAAGAAAAUACUUUAGUAUGAAUUUUAAUGGUGGCUCUAGAACUCAAGAUUUAAAGCUCCAGCUGCUGUUGAUGUUAUCUAUUUUAACCAUGUUAUAAUAUCUAAAAUACACAAUCAAUAAAAUAAAAUCUUGCCAAA